GGCACUAACCAACUAACCUGACUUUCCAGCUUUGGAGUUGCCGAUUUGCCACCUGCCCCUCGUCCCCCUCUCCUCUUUGCACGGCCUCUCUUUCCCUCUCUCUCUCUGCCGGCUCAGCGAUGGGUUACUGGGUAGAGGCGCUCGCCCUUUGCAUGGGAUUCGGAUGUCUGGUCACCCUCGGAUGGGCAGAGUUGAACACCGAGUGCUAUACUGCUAAUGGUGCUGAUUACAGAGGCUGCCAGAAUCGAACCUCACACCAAGGAGGAAAACCCUGCUUGUAUUGGAAUGAAACCUUCCAGCACCCUUACAACACCCUCAAGUACCCCAAUGGAGAAGGAGGCCUAGGGAAUCAUAACUAUUGCAGGAACCCAGACAAUGAUGUGAGGCCAUGGUGUUACGUUGCUGAGUAUGAAGAUGGCGUGUAUUGGAAAUACUGCGACAUACCAACAUGUCACAUGCCGGGUUACCUGGGCUGUUUUAAAGAUAAUGGUGACCCACCCCCUUUAUCAGGCAGUAGCGAAACCUCCAACAAGCUGACCAUCCAGACCUGCAUUAAGUUUUGCAGGAGCAAGCGAUUCAAGCUUGCUGGCAUGGAGUCUGGGUAUGCAUGUUUCUGUGGGAAUGAUGCUGAUUACUGGAAACACGGAGAGGCAAACAGCACGGAAUGCAACCAUGUGUGCUUUGGUGAUCACACCCAGGCCUGUGGAGGAGAUGGAAGGAUAAAUAUCUUUGAUGCAAUGAUCGGAGCUUGUGGUGGGAAUUACUCGAUGGAUGCAGGCAUCAUUUACUCUCCCGAUUUCCCUGACAACUACGCCAGUGGUAGAGUAUGCUACUGGACCAUCCAGGUGCCGGGUGCAUCUCUCAUACGGUUUGACUUUGCCCUGUUUGACAUUCGGGACUCAAGUGACAUGGUGGAGUUUCUGGAUGGCCGCAGCAAUGAUGUUCUCGCCAGGUUCGAUGGGAGAAACCGGCCAUACGAUAGCUUGAACGUGUCGGCCAGCUUUGUAAUUUUGUACUUUUACUCUGACCGGGUUAACCAGGCCGAGGGAUUUGCCGUCUUGUACAAAGCUAUUAAAGACAAUCCCCGUGCACAACCUCCAGCAAGCAAGAAUGAUAUAAAUACAUCAGAUAUGAUAACGGAGAGGGUUGGCCCUGGCACCAAUGCGGCACGGUCAUCAAAGAUCCUCUACUUCAUUACAGCAAGCCCCAGCCAAUCGAACCAGAACAUGCCAGUGUGGACUAUCUACGCCUUGGCAGCCCUGCUCACACUUACGGCGAUAGCGAUGAUUUCUAAAAUUCUUCUUCAUCUAACAGUAAAGUCUCGUCGAAUUCCUGCACAAGACAGCUCAGAGAAUUGCAGCCAGUCAUCUCCGUCUGAACCCUGGGUCAUCACCUACAAACCCUCAACUAUUUUGUUCUUUAAGAAAAAGCUGAAGGACCAACAUGGAGAUCGAAGUCCACUUGUGGGUGAUUAACCUACUGCAGCAGCAAAGAACUAACGCCUCAAGAACCUCCGCCACUAGUCCUCAACAUGGAAGCUCCUUUAAAUUAUCUUUCAGUUGCAACAUCCAGCACUUUGAUACCUCAACGUGGAGGUGGCUUUAAACUCACUGAAUUAAGCACUUCACACCGGGCACACGCAUUCACGCAUGCACAUUUGGAACACCAUCAGACCAGUUGGCUGACAUCUCCAACGCCAGAGUCUAGUAAAAACAAAAGAUCUCAGCAACUUUUGUAUGCUAUGCUCUCACAGCUCAACAAGGAGGAGGCAAUCAUCAGCAUGAGGCUCUACGUUAUAUUGAUUGGAUUUCUAUUAGAGUCUAAAAAGGGAAGGACACUUCACUUGACUUUCUGAAUCCUUCUGGAAGUAGAUGCAGACUGGUAGUGAUUCCAUCCUUCUGUGGGUGACUCUUCAAUUAUGUUCAUGCAAUGAUCACUCAGCCCUUUAGGCCAAGUGUGUCUGCACUACCUAACAGCUCUGCGAGUGAUUUCUUAACAGUUGCAGAAGAGCAAAAACGUUUAACACCAAACUGGCUCUUAAAUUAUUGAAUCUAACCUGCAAUCAUGUUGUAGGUAAGGAACAUAAGGAAGUGUUUUCUGAUUGAAAGAAUACCAUUGUAAAAUCCACAGUGAAUGGCGAUUCUAAUUCAGCCUUCGAAAUCUUAAUUGCUGUAUCGCAGGACCAUCGCUGUGAAGAUGAAAGAAUCAUGGAAAAGAACCAGAAAUAUGCUCACAUGUAAAAAUCCAUACCUGCAAUCCUUUAGGAAUAAUGAACUCAAGGGUGGUGAGCCUUUGGAGAUUCUGUUACAGGGAAUAUCAAAAUUCACCGUGAAUUAACAUGAUGCCUAGUUGCUAAAAGUAGUGUUGCAUGUAGGGCUGAGUGAGCUGGUGAUGGAUCUGUUUUGUUGGAGUUCCCUCCAAUCAGUCAAAACUAAACUUUAAACAAGCCUCUCCUGCCUUUUCAGAAAAGCUUAAGUCCCAAAUAAGUAUUGCUGUGCAUGUGCAGAAUUUCAUCUGUACUUGUUUAUAUGUUACCCCUCUAGUAUCUGUUGUUUAUGCCUCUUUUGGGUACCCUUCACAUCGCACAGUUGCCUGCCAGGCAGCGGCCUGAUCCUGUUCUCUGCCAGCGCUGGUAUGUAACUAGUGUUAUCAUCUUAGUAGAGACUGAUAACAUUUAGAAAGAAAUUCAAACUUCCAAUUAAUAGCUGGAAGAAUGAAAAGUCAAGAUUUCACGUUUUAAAACUUUUGCUGUAACAAAUGACUAAAAGCACUAUUGACUAAGCACUAUUUUCUUUUUGUAGGCAUCUUAACUUUUAACUACAGAGAGCAACAUUCCCCUUUUAUACUUAUUACCUAUCACAGUCUCCACGGAAUUACAGUCCUUUUAGCAAACAGACUUUCUUUUAGAUUUAUUCUGUCACAGGAUGUGGGCAAUUCCCCUUGAGUAGGUGGUGGUGAACUGCUACAGUCCCAUCUGUUGCAUGUACACCCACAAUGCUUUUAGGAAGGGAGUUCCAGGAUUCUGAUCCAACAACAGUGAA